AUGCAAGAUCAAUCGAAAACAAAAAUCAGUGCUUUAGGAUAUCAAUUCAUUCCUAUAGACACUUCUCGUUCUCCACUAUUUACAUGUACGACAAAAAGGUCUUUAUAUUGUUCUGCUGAAUGUCACAAGCGUAUCACUUGUCGAACAUUUGAUUUUGAUGCUGAUUCUUUACAAUGUCGUUUAUGGGAAAUGGAUAACACAACAGGCUCAAUUGUUGCUUCACCAUCAAAACCACGAUCAUCUGUUGGUUCAGUUCAAUUCUCUCCUAAUAAUUAUGUUAACAUUCACAAUCAGUCAUGCAAUCAUUGUGAUCAAAGUCGUUAUGAAAUAUGUAAUGUAAACAGUUCAACUUGCCAAUGUCCUCCAUUUACAUAUUGGAAUAAUGGAAUGUGUAUGUCACAAUUAUUUCAAGGUCAAUUAUGUUCACAUACAGAUGCUUGUCGAACGGAUCUUAAUCUUUCAUGUCAACCAACCUGUAACUUUACUUAUCAAUGCACUGCUUCUCCAGUGAUUGGUAUUGGUGUGACAGUUGCUGGUUUUUGCAAUGGCAGUACAGAUGAUGGUACAUUUGGUGUAAUGGGUCCUUGGGGUAUCUAUGUUUCACCAUUCGAUGGAAUUCUAUAUGUAACCAAUUUUGUUAUGCCUCGAUUUCAAUCAUUUUCGUCAUUCUCACGUAUUGGAUCUACGAUUCUUUCCAACGGACUCAGUCAGCCUGAGGAUGUAUUUGUUGACAGUUCACAUAAUAUAUACAUGACUGAAUACACCAUUAAUCAAGGUAUAAUGUACAUUCAACGACCAGGAAUGAAUCUCACAAGCUUUCCACCAAUAGGUCGAUCAGACUCAUCCUGUUCUCUGACAGGAUUGUAUGGAAUUGAUGGUGUAACAGUUGAUUCAUUCGGUAAUAUUUACGCAAUAUUGUCUCAUUGCUUUAUGAUCGUAAAAUGGGUACCAAAUAGUACAACUGGUAUACUUGUUGCUGGAAACCCAGGAUAUUAUGGGUCUGAUAGUAAUUCAUUAGAUUGGCCUCGAUUUAUGCAUUUAGAUGAAGAUCGAGCAGCCUUAUAUGUCGCUGAUACUAGUAACAAUCGCAUUCAGAAAUUUAUGAUAGGCAGCAACCGAACAGGAAUAACAGUAGCAGGUGGGAAUGGAGCAGGAUCGAAUCUUAAUCAAUUGAAUAAUCCUUCAGGUGUUUGGAUGACACGUAAUGGUCAAACUCUCUAUAUUGCUGAUACUAAUAAUAAUCGUGUUAUGCGAUGGAAUCUUGGAGAUAUACAAGGAUCGGUUGUAGCCGGCAGUGCAAGUGGUAUGGCGGGUAGUACCAAUACACUUCUUUCGAGUCCAGGUGAUGUGGCACUUGAUCCUACUGAAACAUAUUUAUAUGUUUCUGACUAUUAUAAUAAUAGGGUACAACGAUUUCUUCUUCAAUAA